CGCUCUCCGCCGGCGCCCGCCCCGCCGCCUGCCUGCCCGCCCGCCUGCCUGCCUGCCGCCGCGCGCGCUCGCAGACCCCCGGGGCUGCUUGCCCGGGGGAGGGGGUGGUGGCAGAGAUGCUGGAAGAAACUUCUUAAAUGACCGCGUCCGGCUGCCGGUGGAGCCGUUCGGGGUUGGGGCGAGGAAAGGAAAGUGGAAAAAAAAAAAAACUGAGAACUUCCUGAUCUCUCCCGCUGUGAGACAUGUCUGAGACUCCUGCUCAGUGUAGCAUUAAGCAGGAACGGAUUUCAUAUACACCUCCAGAGAGCCCCGUGCCGAGUUACGCUUCCUCGACUCCGCUUCAUGUUCCAGUGCCUCGAGCCCUCAGGAUGGAGGAAGACGCGAUCCGCCUGCCAGCGCACCUGCGCUUGCAGCCGGUGUACUGGAGCAGGGACGACGUAGCCCAGUGGCUCAAAUGGGCUGAAAAUGAGUUUUCCUUAAGACCAAUUGACAGCAACACGUUUGAAAUGAAUGGCAAAGCUCUGCUGUUGCUGACCAAAGAGGACUUCCGCUACCGGUCUCCUCAUUCAGGUGACGUGCUGUAUGAACUUCUUCAGCAUAUCCUGAAGCAGAGGAAACCCCGGAUUCUUUUUUCACCAUUCUUCCACCCUGGGAACUCCAUACACACGCAGCCGGAAGUUCUGCUGCACCAGAACCAUGAAGAAGAUAACUGUGUCCAGAGGACCCCCAGGCCGUCCGUGGAGAAUGCGCACCACAACCCUCCCACCAUUGAACUGUUGCACCGCUCUAGGUCACCCAUCACGACGAACCACCGGCCUUCUCCCGACCCCGAGCAGCGACCCCUCCGGUCCCCCCUGGACAACAUGAUCCGCCGCCUCUCCCCAGCCGAGAGGGCCCAGGGACCGAGGCUCCACCAGGAGAACAACCACCAGGAGUCCUACCCCUUGUCAGUGUCUCCCAUGGAGAAUAAUCACUGCCCACCGUCAUCCGAGUCCCACCAGAAGCCAUCCAGCCCCCGGCAGGAGAGCACACGGGUCAUCCAGCUGAUGCCCAGUCCCAUCAUGCACCCCUUGAUCCUGAACACCCGGCACUCCGUGGAUUUCAAACAGUCCAGGCUCUCCGAGGACGGGCUGCACCGGGAAGGGAAACCCAUCAACCUCUCGCAUCGGGAAGACCUGGCCUACAUGAACCACAUCAUGGUCUCUGUGUCCCCUCCUGAGGAGCACGCCAUGCCCAUUGGGAGAAUAGCAGACUGCAGACUGCUGUGGGAUUACGUCUAUCAGCUGCUUUCUGACAGCCGGUACGAAAACUUCAUCCGAUGGGAGGACAAAGAAUCCAAAAUAUUCCGGAUAGUGGAUCCCAAUGGACUGGCUCGACUGUGGGGAAACCACAAGAACAGAACAAACAUGACCUAUGAGAAAAUGUCCAGAGCCCUGCGCCACUACUACAAACUCAACAUUAUCAGGAAGGAGCCAGGACAAAGGCUGCUGUUCAGGUUUAUGAAGACCCCGGAUGAAAUAAUGAGUGGCCGAACAGACCGGCUGGAACACCUUGAAUCCCAGGAAUUAGAUGAACAAAUAUACCAAGAAGAUGAGUGCUGAAGGGACGUAUGCCACCCCACCUCAGCGGGCCAGCAGCUGGGGGGAGGGGCCUUUGCCCAAGUAGGACUGCCGCCAGCCUGACGCAGCAGGCAAGCUGAAGAGGUGGCAAAGGGAGAGACCCAGAAAUGGCGGGGACGCUCCUCUUGCAGACCAAGAGGGACCCCAUUGCACCUUAGACAAACCACCCAGCAGAGGCGGGGCUGGGACGCCAGCCUGGGACUCCAUGUUGUCACACGUCUCCUUCUCGUUUGCAACCUCUCCCUCUGGAAUUCCUUCCCACCCCUUUCCACCAUUUGUUAGUUUCAUGGUGUUUGUUUUUUUUUUUUAACAUUCAAUUUGAUUUUUCAUCAUUCAUACAGGGGAAGACAUCUGAUGUUUUCCUAUGGAAAUAUAUAACUAUUAUGUAUGUAUAUCUUUUUUUCAAGUCUCACGAAAUAGAAAACCCAACUGGUCAGGGAAGAAGUAUUUGCACACAGGUGCAGAAAUGCGGAACAGGUGUGUUGCUCUUACAGUUGGGUCUUGGUUGAGGGAAAAAGAAAAACAGUUUUCACAGAAGAUCAUGUGAAAAGGAGAGCUUUCUCCCAGCUUUUCCUUCUUCCCCUGGCUCCCCAUCCUCCCAGUCUCUGCCCACUGGUGAGCUUCAGACAUUGAGUCUUGAGGGCUUGUUGGCACUGAAUAAGUCCAGGGCCUUGACUCUGCCCAGCAGCACAAAGUCCCACCUGAAGGAUGCUACUGGAGUCUAGAAGGAGAAAUGCUACUGGGGCAGUCGUCCCUGGGACGGUUGUGAAAACCACACAGCCCAGAAGACUGGGGAACAAGGCUGGCCAACAUACUUGGGAAGCAGGCCGACAGCUCGAGAUGAGCUUGCAAGUGCUGCAAGGCAGAAACCAGGCUGAAGGAUUCUGUAGGUUGAGGCAAGUGAGAAAGAAAGUGCCCCUUGGGUGCAAUUCCAGGAGCCAUCUUGUGCUCAGCUUCUUCCCCUCACCUGAUGCUUUCUUCCUGGUGCUUCACCUUAUCAAAAGUUUUCUGGCUCCUUCUCAACAGAGACACAAGAGGGGAGGAUCCCUGGAGCACAGAGUCACUGCAACCGGAGCCUGCCCACCACUGGGCUGAUGGGAAAGCCCAAGGUGCACUGUGCUUUCCUCCACGAUGGCUGUUUCAGAAAGGACCCAUCUGUGGCUCUCUGCCCCCCAAAAUAAGGUCGAUUGUCUUAAAAAUCAUGACAGUGCCACUACUUAGUUCUUUUGAUACACAUUUUUUAAAAACUGUUUUAGGCUUUUGUUUUCUUUAACCAUCUACCUUGACUCUGCCAGCGUAGGUUCAGACAGAUGGUAUGUGGACUCCCAGGCUUUCUUUAAUCCAGAAGUUUAGACUGGCCUCACAAAGCUCCCUGUCUUCGUACCCCUCCAUUUUCCUCCCAUUCAGCUGAGCGAGCAUCUUCCAGCUCCUCGAAGUCCUCAUGGGCAGUUCGCAUGUGAUGCUGCCAGACCUGCAGACUUCUCCAUCAGCCAUCUGUUAGCUGAGUCAAGUGCAGAGAGCUGGAGGCACAUGGGACGUGGCCCAUGGGGGGGCCAGCACAUGCACACUGGUUCAGACACUGGAAUGGAGCAUCCCAUCAAGGCUCUUCCAUCUUGUUCUGCUCCAUUUCCUAUCAGGCCACACAGAGGCAUGCAGAAGUGGCCAGUCCACUCCUACAGUCACAUGCUCUGCCAUUCUCCCUUCUGGCAGGUCAGAGACCAUUCUGUGUGAGGCCGAGGAGUCUCCUUGGGAAAGCUGUAGUCUUGUUCCACUUGAGUGGUCGUGGUGUGAGUCAGGUGGAGCCCGGUGUUACCCUGAUGUCUGAGCAGGAUGGAGUUGCAUGUUUCCCAGCCUCUACAGUAACAGAUAUUCUAUCUCCAAAUGAAGAGAUGAAGCCAAGUCCUUGGUGUGUUGGCAAAGCCCUAGAGUGUAAGGGCUGGAGAGGGAGAUUUUUCUCAGAUCCUUUGUGUGGUUAUGAAAUCAGCCCAGGGCACAGGAGCACUCCUCCCUGAGAUGUCACUUUUCUGGCCACCUGACCCAAGUAUGAAAACCCCAGUAUCCUCCCUUCCCCACUGUCCUCCCCUUCCCUUCCCCACCCCAAUCUCCUGUUACUGCAUUAUGGAGAGAAAUUCCCUUUGAUGCAAGUGUCCUAUGAGAACAUGUCAGACUUGGGAUGACAUCAUGAGCUACUUGAAGAAAAAUACAAGAGAUGCUGGAACUCCACUGGAAUGUGCAGUGAGAGCUGGCUAGACAAGCUACAUCGAAAGGAACCCAAGGCUACGUGCCUUGGGUUAAGACAGCAGCACCAAAGUUUGGUUGGCUGCCUGCAGACAAAGAGGAGCAACUGACCACCGGGUGUUCUCUCUGCAACAGUUUGUCUGGAAGCUUAAGAUCCAUUGUCUUUUCACUGACACCUUGUCCAUAUGAGAAUGUCACUUCAGCUAAAAUUGAAAUUUCUAUGAUAGAUUUUAUUGUAAGGACUAACAAGCCACCACUCUGUCCACCUUUCGCAGCCUUACAUUGCAAUUCUCCAGUACCUUUUUGAAACAGUAACUCCCUUGUUACCAAAGGGAAACCUGAGUCUCAGGGAGGGAACAUGACCUGCCCCAGGAGUGGACAGAGCAUAUCAGACAGGAUUAGGAUUGAGCUCCAGCCUGGCCAUACCCCUAACCCCCACCUGUGACUCACCCCCUUCCAAGGAAACUAAGGAUGAAAGAUCUGGGGAAAAAUACACCAGAACAAAGGGUACUUUUCUGUGCCCAGGCAUUCGGUGCUAAUCAGAAGCUGUGCACUAACUCCAGCCUGCUUCUCCUCUAAGGAGAAACCUAGAAUAAAGGGAGUGAGACAAGGAGGCUGGGUGUGGAGCCGCGGGGGAAGACCCAGUAAUCCCCGCCUGCCUCCAAAACCACGGAAGACUCACCUGAUCCCCUUGGCCGUCUGGAUCAACACUAAACAACUGCAAACUCCCAAAAUCUUUCAUGCACGCCAUGUAAACAUUCUUAAAGGUUUUCUCUUGUGUGACUACAGCCACCUACAAACCAGAAUGAAUCUAGAAUUUUUUUUGAUGCUGUUGUUUUCUUUAGUUUCUAAUCUCUUAUUGUUUAUGAGGUGUGGGGUUUAUAAGGGACUGAAUCAAAUGAAUGUAACAAAAAAGAAAAAACAAAAAAAAAAUGCCUUUUCUCAGGG